AUGUGGCACACAAAUAAAGCCAGCUUUCUUAACCUCUUCACCCUUCUACUAGGGGCUGUGGAAUCCUCUGCUCAAUCCUUUACUCAAUGGCCUCAGCAAACCUUUAAGAGCACCCAACUCGAAGCACCAUACCUGAACGUCACCAAGAAUGGCAAAACAGAACUGGGCUACCUAUUCUUCUCCCCAACAAACAGUAACUGGAGCUACCCAACCAUCUAUCAAGAUGACGGACAGCUCGUCUGGCGAGGUCCAUUGGUCAACACCUCAGCCGAACAGCCGCAAAUGCUAAACGGCGAGCCCGUCCUAGCCUACUGGAAUGGUGCCAAUAUCAAAGGCUUUGGCUUCGGCUCCAUUAGCAUCCUAAACAGUUCCUAUGACGAAAUCUACAAAGUCACCCUCCCAGGCACAGAGGAGAGGUUCGUCACCGCUGAUUCCGAAACAUACCCCUCCUACAUCGACAUCCACGAAAGCCAAAUCACAGACCAGGGGACGAUCCUCGUGACAGCUGUAAAUGUCACACAGAUGGACCUCUCAUCAAUCGGCGGCCCAAAAGACGGCUGGGUGCAAGACGGUCUCUUCUACGAAAUCGACAUCAAGACCAACGAUGUUCUUUUCCGCUGGAGUACCGUCGAGCAUCUCUCUGAGAUCCCUCUUUCCAACAACGAACUUCCGCUGGAGGGCAAGGGAACGAACCAGACCACCCCCUACGAAUACCCGCACCUGAACUCCGUAGCCAAAUACGGUGAUUCAUACCUGAUCUCCUCCCGAUUUAUGUGCAGUUUCUUCUUCAUUGACAAGAACGGCAACGUAACUUGGCAGUUGCAUGGCCAAAAAGGUGGAGACUUCACCCUAACCCCAGGCACCAGCUUCUGCUACCAACACGACCCGCGUUUCGAAAGUCAAUCAGAAGACAAAAUCACCCUCCACUUCCACAACAACGAAAACUCAGAUUUCACAUCCGAAACCGUAAUGACAACGGGCAUGACCAUCGCCCUAGACAUGAAAACCAAGAUCGUGACACUCGUUGACAAGAUCUGGGACGCUGAGCAGCCCGUUUACGCCGAGUCCCAGGGUAGCUAUCAGAACUUGACUAAUGGACACGUGCUGAUGCAGCACGGCGCAGUUCCAAAGCUAGAAGAAUAUGACGAGAACGGUGCGUUGGUUAUGAGGGCUUGGUUCGGGUAUCACGGCGGCACGAAGACAUACAGAGGGUAUCGGUUCCCGUGGGUUGGUAAGCCCAGGACGAAGCCGGAUGUGGCUGCUUGUGCUGAGAAGGGGAAGAUGGUGGUUUAUGUUAGUUGGAAUGGGGCGACAGAUGUGCCGGAGUGGAAGGUUUUGGGUGGAUCAGAGGAAGGGCAGAUGAAGAAGGUUACGGUGGUGCCUAGGAAUGGGUUUGAGACGAGAAUCGCUGUGGAUGAAGUGGUGGAGAAGGUUGUUGUUGAGGCUGUUGGUGGAGUGGGCGAUGGGAGGAGAUCGGAGGUCGUUACUGUUGGGCAGAGUUGUUGA